AUUUUGAUCCGUGUCACGUGCAGUCGUAGCCUUUUCCUACUUGCCGAUUAUCGAUCCGUGGAAAAACCUUCCUCUUGUCUAUAAUGUUUCGCUGGUUUCGUCCACUGUCCACUCCGGAAAAAAUGUAUUCCUCUUGCCUCCAGACGCUUUGUCUGGGCCAUGCCCUCUGGCAUCCCGAACCGCACGAGUCGGGUGAACCGCAGGUCGGCGACGUGGGGUGCGUCCACGAAGGCGCGUUUAUACGACUUUUCAACCUCGACACCUCUGCGUCCGAGAAGAAGGUUACGUUCUGGGACCCGCCAUUUGACAUCACUGAGCCCUUGCCUCGCGGCAUGCUCAAGAUCGACCGGAGACAGAGACCGCUCGUCCCUGGCCACUACUGCAGCCAUGGAGUGGAGAGCACGCAGAUGCAAUCUUCGGCCGAUGUGUAAGUAUACAG